CUGGGACUCUAAAUUGGUGCGUCAGCGUUUUAGGUAGAAAUGAAUGAAAAAUCAAUCAGGGAGACUGCAGUGAUAGCAUGCACAACUCUAACCUAAUUUGUGCAUAAUUUUCAACUACACUUCAUAGACCCAAGCAGUGUUUUAAGAUGUGAAGAAGAUUCUUUGAGCUAUAAAGAUGAAGAGUCUACUUCUUCUGGUGCUGAUUUCAGUCUGCUGGGCUGAUGAUCGUUCGGACAACUAUACUCUAGAUCAUGGUCGAGUUGUUCACAUCCAAGCAGAAAAUGGCCCCCGUCUACUUGUGGAAGCAGAACAAGCCAAGGCGUUCUCACACAGAGGUGGCAAUGUUACACUGCCAUGUAAAUUUUAUCGAGACCCUACAGCCUUUGGCUCAGGAAUCCACAAAAUCCGAAUUAAGUGGACCAAGCUAACUUCAGAUUACCUCAAGGAAGUGGAUGUUUUUGUUUCCAUGGGAUACCACAAGAAAACCUAUGGAGGCUACCAGGGUAGAGUGUUUCUGAAGGGAGGCAGUGACAACGAUGCUUCUCUGGUAAUCACAGACCUCACCCUAGAGGAUUAUGGGAGAUAUAAGUGUGAGGUGAUUGAAGGACUAGAAGAUGAUACCGCUGUGGUAACAUUAGAUUUACAAGGUGUGGUAUUCCCUUACUUUCCCCGACUGGGACGAUACAAUCUCAAUUUUCACGAGGCGCAGCAGGCUUGUCUGGACCAGGAUGCUGUCAUUGCCUCCUUCGACCAGCUGUAUGAUGCCUGGCGCGGCGGCCUGGACUGGUGCAAUGCCGGCUGGCUCAGCGAUGGGUCUGUGCAGUAUCCCAUCACGAAGCCGAGGGAGCCCUGCGGCGGCCAGAACACAGUGCCCGGUGUCAGGAACUACGGGUUUUGGGAUAAAGAUAAAAGCAGAUACGAUGUUUUCUGUUUUACAUCCAACUUCAAUGGCCGUUUUUACUACCUAAUUCAUCCCUCUAAGCUGACCUAUGACGAAGCGGUGCAAGCUUGUCUUAAUGAUGGUGCUCAGAUUGCAAAAGUGGGCCAGAUAUUCGCUGCUUGGAAACUUCUCGGCUACGACCGCUGCGAUGCGGGCUGGUUGGCGGAUGGCAGCGUCCGCUACCCGAUCUCGAGACCAAGAAGGCGCUGCAGUCCCAGCGAGGCUGCAGUGCGCUUCGCGGGUUUCCCAGACAAAAAGCAUAAGCUGUAUGGUGUCUACUGCUUCAGAGCAUACAACUGAGUGUGCCCCUAGAGCACGUCAUUUCUAAAGUCAUUAAGAACAUGUGAAAGGUGUUUUUUUUCAAUAUGAACUCAUGCAAGUUACCAAAACUGUGAUAACCCUUUUUUUUACUUACUGUAAAGAGUCAUUUUCAUAAAGACCAAUUCAUUCAUUUGUUUUUGUAAAGCUAUCAUUCAAUAUAUAUUAUAAAUUAAUAUAAUUUUAAGGGAGGCACUACAUCAGGAGGCUUUAGAGCCAAACUCUAAAACUACAUCAUCCCAACAAAUUAUCCUUUCAGGAAUGGGGCAUGCAAUAGCUUGAGGAUUGCUCGGAUCAAAUGAAGGAAAGUAAAGCUACUCAGCGCAGCGGCUUCCACAAGCACAAAUUUUACACAUUUCUACAAUUUUGAAAUGCACUACAAUAAACAAAUUAGAGCAACAGAUUUGAAAUACAGGCUUCUUUACAUAAACUGAGACUCUGAGCAGAUGCACAAACUCAGUUUCACAAGGGAACAAUCUAUGCUUUUCUAAAAGUUAGCAUUUCAAGUCUCCAAUAGACAGAACGUUUUACUCUUUAAAAUCCUGUCUUUUUGAAAAAAGAAAAAAAACACACAAAAAAACAUGAACUCCAAUGCAUAGUAGCAAGCACAGUUAACUCCAUUUAUGCGAAGUAUGAAACUUAAAUAAGAAGAAUAACAUUUAACCAACAAGAAAAUCCUACCUUCUUCUAAUUAAAAUUGCACAUGUCUGAGAAGAAUUGCUUUAUCUUUUGAGUAGCUUUACUGAGUUUAUUUAAAUUCUACAGGCCGUUUGCUAAGCAGCAUUUAGCGUCUACUCAGGGCAGUUAUAUAGAUAAACUGCUGGACAGAAAAAUUAUAAAAUUUAGCAGCUUGAUUUUAUGUUAGCCUAUGAAAUGUUAUUGUCCUAUAAAAGUAACUUUAAACUAUUUAAUAUUUCUUUCUUAUUUACAUUACCUGAAAAAACUUUAAAUCAUAAAAGGAAUGAAUAAUUAUACACUUGCAUAACCAAGAAAUAAAGCCCCAAAUUUCAAAAUUCUUUUUAUGCCUAUUUGUAUAUACACUAGAAAGUCUAACUGGUGCCAGUGUUAGGGGAAAAAGUUGACAAUUUAGUUUUAAACCUUCCCCCAAAAUAGAAAAUGUAGUCAAUGAUUAGGUUUGCUGGUCAUCAUUAGGCUUAAGUGAAAUGCUGAAGCUGUCAUCAAAGAGUUUACACUAAAAUCUUCAGGGCUUUAUAUGAAAGGUUAAGUCCAGCUUCAGAGAUACAACUUUCCACAUUAGCAGCUCCAAUCUUAUAUAAAGCUCUGUUUUCGUAUAGUUUUCUAUGACUGUUGGGAUCCCACAGGGACCAAUAUUUGUAUUCAAAUUACAUUUCAUGGUUUCCUAUUGUUUCACAAUGAGUUCUAAUAGAUGGGAUUUAGUAUAAUAAUCUAAAUAAGACAUAGCUGGUAUGCUUUCAUGAAUGUUUUUAUGUAGAUUUUCCUCCCAUGAACCUAAGUAAAUAAAUCUGUUUCCUGAAUUAAUUGUGUUGCAUUUUAAAGCUCUGUAAUAAUUCUAAUAAAUUUACUCUAUAAAUGUAGAGCUAUGUGUGGAAGAUACAGAAUAAUUGGAAGUCCCUGAAACCAUUACUACGUUCAGAUAUUAUCUAGACAAAAUACUGUAAAUAAAUGUAGAUCAUUUCUUUCAUCGAAAGUAUAUCUGGAAAUUUUCAGAUGCUUUAAUAUUAAAAAUUGGCAAUGCAUGCACAUUUUUAAGUUAGGUUGGGUAAGCAUAUUGUACUAAAAUAUGAAUCCAAAGAGACUGGGAGAUUUAACUCAAACACUGCUGGUAUAAGUAAAUGUGUACUUACAAAUAAAAAAGAUCUGAAUGGGUUAGGAUCAGAUUAAUAUACUAUUUAGAGGAGAAUAUCUCCAAAAUAGUGAUUCUAACACCUCAAGUAUGGGUGUUAGGUCAUUGAAGCAAAUCUAUACUUGAAGGAUUAUUAUCUAUGUUACAAGAAUCUUAUUGAAAGUGCAAGUGGGAAGAAAUUUAUAUUGCAGCAGGUAUGUAACUUUCAGUUAUUGCUGCAGAACUCUACCUUUACAAUGUUACGCAUAGUAGCAUUUCUUAACUUUUGCAUACUUACUAGUAUAGGAAUUGGUGCUGAUUAAAAUCUCUGGAGCGAUUGUUAGCUCAUUAAAAUCUAUACCAACUGCAUACCAUUUUUUCAAUCUUGUAAAAAGAGUCUUAACACAGUGAAUACUGUGGGCAGAAUUUUACCUUAUGAUUUUGCCCAAGGGAUCGGAAUCCCCAUACCCUUUGGACUCCUACUUGAAUAAGGGGUCUUUUUAAUGUUCUCCUUUUGCUGUUUUUCCACUCUAUGUCCAUUUUCCUACUCCAUUCCCCAAGGCAUCUUAUAGUGAAUGUCUGAAAGAGAACGUGUCAUAGUGUAAUUCUUAACAGAUUCUUAACAGAAAGUUGGUACAGCACUGGCUAAUUCAGAAGUUGCUCCUCUGACUUGGGUUCCUAGGAUAUCAGAGGGAUGAAAUGGGAGGCUGGGAUAGGAAAUCUUGUUUUGAUAUUUUGUCCAUUGUUAAUGCUUGUGAUCCAUACAAGGACAAAGCUUAUCUGCAAAUCUCACUUAGAGGCCUGCAUUUGAAAACCCAAACAAAAAUGAAUGAUUCAUAUAAAAACAGUAUAAGAAUGAAAUCGAGUCAUCACAGUAGCACUGGAAGCAUCUUUUAAUGACUGCUGCCAUAUUUUACCACAGUGAUUUCUAGUCAAAUAUGGUAUCUGUAAAUUGAAACUUUCUCUCAUAGAAAGGGGGCUGGUACCUGUUAAAGUUUUAUUUUGUGCAGUUAUAUAGUCGCUUAUUAUUUUGGCAAUUAAAACUACACUCAAAGGAGAUUCCAUUUGGUUGCUGGCAGCCAUACUGGAUUUCCUGAUUUCAGUGCUCCAAAGUAUAUGGUGGCCUUCAUGGAGCAGCUUACCACUAAGGAGGAGAGGAUUAAAGGGAAUUACUUAUCAGUGUUCAGCAUAGAAUGCAUGGAGAAAGAACAGUGGAUAACUGACAUGUUUUGUUGAGAAGUUAACUGUAUCAUAGCUCACUACUGCCAGAGCAGCAACAGUGUACAACAAAAGAAAUGAAAAAUACAAAAGUCAUUAAACCACCUGAUUAAUAGAAAAUCAAUACUUAAAGUCAUUUAAUACAUACUGAGUACAAAUCUGAGCAAAAGAACCAAUCUGUAUUACCAAAAAAAAAAAAAAAAAAUUGUUUUCAUUUUU